GGCGGCGCGGCGGUGCCCGCAGAAUGGGCGGCAGAGCCGGCUUCUUCGAGGUGGAAAUCCUUGAUUGGGAGACAAAGAAACAGCUAUGCUUCCUAGAUAAGGUGGAACCAAAUGCUACAAUUAGAGAGAUCAGAUUGAUGUUCCAUAAAUUAUAUCCUCGGUGGUACCCAGCAAGGCAGUCAAUAAAACUUGAUCCAAAAGGAAAGUCCCUGAGGGAUGAAGAAAUCCUGCAGCACCUCCCUGUUGGCACAACUGCUACCUUAUACUUUAAAGAUUUAGGGCCACAGAUAGGAUGGACUACGGUAUUUUUGAUAGAAUAUACAGGUCCAUUGUUCAUCUAUUUUGUGUUUUAUUUCCGCAUGACUUUUGUCUAUGGACUGGAUGAGAGGUUUACAUCAAGUCCACACCCAGUAGUUAACUUGGCAUGUAUCUGCCAUUCUUUCCACUACAUCAAAAGGUUGAUUGAAACAGUAUUUGUUCAUCGAUUCUCCCGUGGGACUAUGCCACUGAGGAAUAUUGUGAAGAACUGCUUAUAUUACUGGGGAUUUGCAGCUUGGCUUGCAUAUUACAUCAAUCAUCCUCUUUACACUCCUCCUUCUUAUGGGAAAAAACAGAUAAAUUUUGCAGUGAUCAUGUUUCUGCUGUGUGAAGCUGGAAAUUUUUCCAUUCAUGUUGCACUCAGUGACCUCCGGAGAAAUGGAUCCAAAACCUGUAAGAUCCCAUAUCCAACAAAGAAUCCUUUCACAUGGCUGUUUUUCUUUGUAUCUUGCCCUAACUAUACAUAUGAGGACAAGGUUAUUUUGAUCAAUAGAGACAUAAAUGCAAAUGCUGUCACCAGAAAUAUUUUAAAUUUCCUUGGCCAAAACAGGUGGGGACCUGGAUCAGUUUCACUAUCAUGACUCAGUGUGUUCCAGUGGGACUGUUCACCUUGCUUUGCUUCAUUCAGAUGACAGUCUGGGCAAAGGAUAAACACUGCACCUACUUAAGAGAAUUCAAGGACUAUCCAAGUCAUAGAAUGCCAAUUAUUCCCUUUUUGUUGUAAGAAAAGAAGGCUCAAUUUGAAUAUUGCACAGAACCUCAAGAAGAAAACCUCAUAAAUGUCCUGCCAAAUAAAUAAAUUAAUUAAAAGGAUUUUGGCGCAUGUUGAAUCUCCACUGCUAAGGGAAACUGUAUGCACUUGAAAGCUACACUUCCUUACAUUCAAGAAUUCUCAACUCAGAAGCACCUUAACAGAUAAGGCUUCGUUGCACAGCUGCAAAAAAAAGUCCCUGCAGUUCACUGUAACCUGACUUAGAUUUUUCUGUACUAGUCUGUUUAGAUUGAUGGAUCAGAGAUCCUGAGAAGUCUGUGCUGAAAAGCAGCUCCAAAUUUAGCAGUGGCAUUCUGCAAGACAGAAGUACACUGGAACGAGACACACCAGCUAACUGCAGAGCUGAGUUCAGCCAGCAUGGCCAGCUGGCCUCAGGACAGUUGCAUGAUCUGCCUUCUUUGACUUGAAGAGAGUGUGCUGCCUGGAGGCAGGUGCUU